AUGCCUGGGUAUGUGAAGUUUAUGAAGGACUUGGUGACUAAAAAACGGGCUGUGAGUUUUGAGGAUGAUGAUAAGUUGCAACAUUGUAGUGCUAUUGCUACAAGGUCCCUUUGUGUAGAAGAAGGAGGAUCCUGGGGCCUUCACUAUUCCUUGUACCAUUGGGUUAUUUACAAGAAAUUGGGUUUAGGGGAUCCAGAACUGACUGUGAUGCGACUACUUAUGGCCGAUAGAACUGUGAAAAAGCCUAUUGAUUUUGUGAUGCUUGAUUGUGAUGUUGACUUUGAGGUUCCCAUUAUCCUUGGGAGACCAUUCCUAGCCACUGGGCGCACCUUGGUUGAUAUGGAGAAAUGGCAGAUGAAGUUUCGAUUGAACAAUAAAGACGCAACUUUCAAUAUCUCUAGGUCCAUGAAGCAGAGUAGUGAGCUCAAAUCAGUAUCUAUGGUGACACAUAUUGUAGAGAGUGGUUCCAAGGUGCCUAUUGAAGAGAGGUUGGGUGUUGAUCCACUAGCAGUGGUAAUGAUGAACUUUGAGGGUGAUAGUGUUAAAGACUAUGACGAAUUGGUCGCCGCACUUGAUAAGUUUGAAUUCUGUUCAAAAUCAAAGAGAUUGGAGUUAGACAUGAAGAAUCAUGACUCUCCACUUGCUAGACUGUCUGUUAAAGAGGCUCUAAAAUUGGAACUUAAGGCUCUACCAUCAUAUUUGAGGUAUGUAUUCUUGGGGAAAGCUGGUACUUUACCGGUCAUCAUUGCAGCAGAUUUGAAUGUGGCACAAGUUGAGGCAUUGCUUUCCGUGUUGAAGAGGUUCAAGCGAGCUAUUAGGUGGACUAUUGUGGACAUUAUUGGGAUUCCUCCUAAUAUUUGUUCUCUUAAAAUUCAACUCAUGCCGGAUCACAAGGCUAGUAUUGACCACUAG